GCAGACCAUUUCACAGGACCAUGACCACCGCUUCACCCUCGUCUAUCGGGCCUCUCGAGACGUACACUAACAAAGAGGGAAUCAAAAUUGUGGAGCGGUUCUUUGAGCUGCCGCUUGAUUAUGCCCAGCCUGAUGGCAAGAAGAUCCAGGUCUUUGCAAGAAACUACAUUCCAAAGUCCAAAGCGAAGACUGCCGAGGACGAAGCGAAGCUCCCAUACCUUGUAUAUUUGCAAGGUGGGCCCGGCUUCGAGGUACCAUUGCCGAAUACUUCAGGCUUCGUAGCGGAGAUACAUGAACAAGGAUACCAGACGUUGUGCCUAGACCAGCGAGGAACAGGUCUAAGCACUGCCGUAUCUCCCGAACUCUUGACUUCCUUCAAAACAGAUCAGGAGAUAGCAGACUACCUGAAGCACUUCCGUGCGGACAGCAUAGUAAAAGACGCCGAGGCCAUAAGAAAGAUUCUCCUGGGCCACAAAGAAGACCCGGAAGACAGGAAGUGGUCCAUUAUGGGGCAGAGCUUCGGAGGCUUCUGUGCGAUCAAUUACCUGUCCUUCCAUAGCGAAGGGUUGAGGGAAGUAUUUAUCACGGGGGGCCUGGCACCCCUGGGCGACCACCCCGAUCCAGUAUACAAAGCCGUAAUUAAACAGGUAGCAAAGAGGAACAAGAUUUAUUACGACAAGUAUCCCCGGGAUGUAAAGCGCGUGCGGGACAUCUUGUCGUACUUGGAACAGAACGAGGUCAGUUUACCCAACGGUGGUCGGCUGACCUCCAGUCGCUGGCAGCAGUUGGGUAUCGACUUCGGCAUGUCCGGCGGCAUCGACAGGGUCCACCAGCUUGUGUUCCGCGCUUCCAACGAUCUUUCGCUUUUCGGCAAGUUAUCCUACAAGCUCUUGCAGACAGUCCAGGAGAAGCAAACAUACGACGGUAACCCCCUGUAUGCCAUCCUGCACGAACCCAUCUACUGUCAAGGGCGCGCAGCAGAGUGGUCAGCCGCACGCAUAGUCAAGCAAGACAAGCGGUUUUCGUGGGCUCACGUCAAGAUGCUCGCAGAUACUGAGCCCAUCUACUUUUACGGCGAAAUGAUCUUCCCAGACAUGUUCGACGACUACAGCAACUUGCGUUCUCUAAAAGGAGUCGCGGAAUUACUGGCGAAAGAUAGCUCAUGGGGUCCACUCUACGACAAGGAACAGCUGGCACGGAAUGAGGUCAAAGUAAACGCAGUUACGUACGUCGUUUUGCUAUUUACUUAG